GUUUUUGAAGAGUGUGGCUGUACCAGCAAAAUUUUUUCAAUGAAAAGCUCUACUUCGGCGAGUAGUAGUGUGCUGGCGUCCAAUCUUUGUAGAGUGUCAGACUCCUCAUCGUCUUCAGUUGUAAAGUUCGAGAGUUCUGCGGUUAGGGUUGUUAAGUUACGGCGGCGCAUGAUCAUGAGUCUCGCUCUACGGCUGUGGCUUCGGCUUCUGGCUCUUCUUUCCAUGACAAUUCUGCACCAUCUAGCCCGAGGGCGUCGGCCUUAUAUGGCAGGCAGCCCGCUGGUAUUGUGGUUAGAGGCGGAGCCCUUCACCCGGUCAGGGACCAAGCCCAGCGUCGAGCAAUGGCCUCAGCAACUGCGUUGACGGUCGCAGAAGUUUCAAACUCUUCGAGCAGUGGCAUACUUUUCAAGAGGUUCAGGAAAUUUGUAGAAGCACAAAGAAGCGCUUUUUUUAUCGAUGAAAGCCCUCCAGUUUUUCG